AUGUCGGGCCAGGGAGACCAGUUGGACAAAAUGUCCACUUUGCUGGCAGAAGUGGCUGCUCAGCUAGAACAAGUGAAGCUGCAAGGAUCACGGCGUGAAGAGCAACAUCAAGACCUUACUGAACGCAUGAGUCAGUUGGAAGCACGCAUGGAUGCCCCACAGUCUUCGGCUGCUGUGCUAAUUCCGACUCAGCUGCAGCCACAAUCCUUCACAGUUCCGCUAGCCCAGGGGGUAGACCUCAACGCCCCGGCUACAGUCGGGCAGUGCAUGGAGUUAGUGCAGAUGGCGAUGCAACAGAAGGUCGCCCCAGCUCUCGGAGCAGUUUACUCCUCCCUGUCCACCUCACAGGUGAGGACAAACGAGCGAGUGGGCAACCUGGAGCAGCAGGUCCGGGCCCUCCGCAUCCGUACUGCAUGGGCUGAGAAGGACAUGCUCUUCUCACAGAUCGAGCAGGCAAAGCGCACCAUCGUAUGCCGCAAUUUCCCCACCUGGCAGACGGAGGCGGACCGCCGUCUCACAGUGGAAAAAGCCCUUGCGAAAGCUGGGCUGUGGAACAUCGAUGGCAUGUGGGAUCUGGCCACGACCCGGCUGGACACUGGUACGCCAGGCAAGCCGGAGCUCUCUGCCACGUCCAUCCUCACAGUCCCUUCCCUUACGGUCCGGAAGCGGAUCCUGGAGGUAGCGGACAGGGUGUACCCUUGGUACUUCCACCAGGAGAAGCCUGGGACAACGGAGGAACCCAAGGAGCCCGAAGAGGCAAACGAAGGUUCUGAAGGAACGGCUGAGAAGACCCCGGCGGCAUCCUCACAGGCAGCAGGGUCCAAAGAGGAAGCCCAGACCUAUGAGUAUAAGGGCGGCGGUCCUGUAAAGCUCUCCCCCGGAGUCACACAGUUUGAACGCCGGCUCGCUUCGCCGCUCCAGGGACUCAUGAACGCUUACAGGGCGGCCUUCAGCAAGUUCACCAAAGAGCCGUUGGUGCCGAGGUGGAAGACGCUGGCACUUGUUGACUCCAAAGAGGCUUGGCUGGGCCGUAUCGUGUACCGCCGUGGAGGUCCUUCACAGACGACCUCCACAGGAACCCUCACAGACUGGGAGUGCGAGAUCCACAUCCCGGAGGAACAUGCCAACAAGCUCUUGGAGACCUGGCGCAGCAUCUGGUAUGACCAAUUGCGACAGCAGGUCAACCAGACGACUGUCGAGCAGGAAGCUUUCGACAGUGCCAUCCCGGAGUACAACGAGGGCGAAGAUGAAGGCCUAGACCACUGGAUCGCCAGGUUCCGGUAUGAGUUCCCCUGGCCGGUGAAGUUUGUCCAAGUCCCCCCGGACGCCGAGGAGAGGACGCACUUCACAGGCCUCCGGUCCACCGAGGAGCUCAUGGAAGAAAUGGCAGCCCAGGAGCAGGAGGCAGCCUUCACAGUGAACUCUGAGAGUGGAGGCGUGGGGGCAAUGAUCGACGUGACCUCCCAGAUGAAGCGCACUCACAGUGACGCCCGACCGAGCUACUACCCGUUUGGCUCACAGACGGAGCUAGAGGGAGCGGUCGAGGCAGCCAAGAUCGCCCACAUCAACCAUGGUGGGGUCCCGGGCGACUACUCACAGGAGGCCUGGGAGGCAUGGUGCAUCAAGCGCCGAGCGGCCGGCUCACAGUCGCAGUGA